AUGUUUUCGAUGUCCCUAUCAGUAUGUUUAUUUUCUAAUAUUGGUUUGCAAGUUCCAGUUUCAACGGAUAACAGAACAUAAAGAAAACUUGCAUUUUGCUUGUUAUAGUAAAAGUAUAGUGGAUUUUGAAUAGAGGUGCCAUUAUUUUCUGAAGAAAUGGAUUUUCCGGGUUCUUCAGAUAUUAUGAUAAUUGGUGGGAACUCGCAUCCAGAACUACUUAACCUCAUUACUAGCCGGCUGGGCGUCAAGACGGGCGGCUGCGCGGUGUACCACAAGACCAACCGGGAGACCAUGGUCGAGAUCGGGGACUCCGUCAGGGGCAAGGACAUCUACAUUAUCCAGACCGGAACCAAGGACGUCAACAACAACAUAAUGGAGCUGCUGAUAAUGGCGUACGCCUGCAAGACGUCCUCGGCCCGGAGCAUCGUGGGAGUCAUCCCGUACCUGCCCUACAGCAAGCAGUGUAAGAUGCGCAAGCGCGGCUGCAUCGUCAGCAAGCUGCUGGCCAAGAUGAUGUGCAGGUCCGGCCUGAGCCACGUCAUCACCAUGGACCUGCACCAGAAGGAGAUCCAGGGCUUCUUCGACUGCCCCGUGGACAACCUGCGGGCCUCCCCCUUCCUGCUGCAGUACAUCCAGGAGUGUAUCCCGGACUACCGCAACGCGGUGAUCGUGGCGCGCAAUCCGGGCUCGGCCAAGAAGGCGACCUCGUACGCGGAGCGCCUGCGCCUGGGCAUCGCGGUCAUCCACGGCGAGCAGAAGGAGGCGGAGUCGGACAUGGUGGACGGGCGCUACUCCCCGCCCACGCUGCCGCGCUCGCGCACCAUGGACGUGAGCGUGGGCGUGCCCGCGCACCCCGCCAAGGAGAAGCCGCCCAUCAACGUGGUGGGCGACGUGGGCGGCCGCAUCGCCAUCAUGGUGGACGACAUGGUGGACGACGUGCAGUCGUUCGUGGCGGCCGCCGAGGUGCUGAAGGAGCGGGGGGCCUACAAGAUCUACGUGCUGGCCACGCACGGCCUGCUGUCCUCGGACGCCCCGCGCCUCAUCGAGGACUCCCCCAUCGACGAGGUGGUAGUGACCAACACGAUCCCGCACGAGCUCCAGAAGAUGCAGUGCCACAAGAUCAAGACGGUGGACAUCAGCGUCAUGCUGUCGGAGGCCAUCCGCCGCAUCCACAACAAGGAGUCCAUGUCCUACCUCUUCAAGAACGUCACGCUCGAGGACUGAGCGCACCGCACGCCGCGCGUGCGUCCGUCCGCGUUCCCGCCGGCGUCCAGCGUCGCGAUGGAGACCCCGGAGCUUCGCGGAGUCGUUUGGUGUCGGGCCGAGAAUUUCCCCCGUCGGCCGGUGUCUCCGAGCACGGCCACAGAGGACCGCUGCCCGAACGUGAACUCCAUGCAGUCCUGCUUUGCGAUCAAAUGAGUCCGCAGAGUUUCAGGGUGUCGACUUGCAACCUGGCAUCAGUUGUCCCUGUUUUGUUGAACUGGACGCAGUGUCUACCAAAAUGAGGAAAAGGACUGGGAAAAUAGUACUUGUGCAUUUCGAAUUUUGUGGGCUAGGCUGAGUGUUCCUUGUGUUCUCGAUUCUAUGUUUGUCCGUUUUGUUUCUGUGCGUUAUUUGGCCGUUUUCUUCUAUCAAAAGCUCAUCUGUGGCUCUGAUGGUGCUAGAAAAAAAAAGUGAAUGGGGGAUAUAACUUUUGAAGUCUAACCUGUAACAUCUCCAGUUAGGCUUCGAAAACAUGUUAUCUUCAUUAAUAGCUUGAAUGUUUACUCCAGAGGAAGACAGGUGUGCGAUGUUCUGUUUGCUGUACCACCUUCGUCGGGCAGUCAGCGUGUUUCAGGCAGAUUGGCGUCCCGUUGUGGUUUCAGCAUCUACCUCGUAGUUAGCUAUGCAGCCACUUGGUUCUCUUCCAGCAAGACACUGCCCAUGAGGGAUAGAGUGUGACAGUAUCGCGACGGCCCAGCGAAGGUUGUACGGCUGGUCAGACAUCACGAUUACAAGAGUCUCUUUCAGUGCAAGCUUUUGUAAUCAUCCAUGACUGCAUAUGUUUAUUUUGUAUAUGUUUUAGUGCACUUUGAACCUGAAUGUGGCUUUAACUUUCCUUUAUGGAGGUGGUGAGCUUUGUCGUGGUCGGUGCAGCGAAAUAUAAAUUCAGCUUAUAACAUGUGCACACAGGCAGUAUUUUUUUUUUUUUAUAAGACUGGUUGGUUUUUACAAAGUGUGGCUGUCAGCGAACCAAAAUGUUUCCUUGCCGAGCUUCGUAGAUUAGUUGGCCCGUGGGAUCAUGUCACUUUGAUUUGUAUAUUGUAAUUAAUUAUGGUAGUUCUACGUUUAGGGAAAUAACUGUGUAUGUGAAAUGUAUCUUCCGAUUGGUUAAGUGACUUUGGCUAGGAAAUAGUGAUGCUGUACAUUAAGGCUUUUGAAAAUUUUGUUGUUUUUUUUUUUUAAAUAUAUUUUCAAAUUGAAUAUCAAAAUACUCAUAAAAACCAAUAUUUUUUAAAUCAAAUUUAUUCAUUGAAUUUAAUUUUUUAAUAGCGCACGCAGUCCAACAAAAAUUAAUGCAAAAUACACAAAAAAAAUGAAAGAUAUAUAUUAAACCAUAAGAAAGUUGUGUAAAUGCAAGAAAGAAAAAAACGUAGCAACACUAAGUUGGAAAAGUUUUAGCGGUCAAUCUUUUAAAUUAUUUUUAAUCAGUCCAAGCUUAAAUCUUCCGUGUAGCAAAAAAUAAAUCCAAAUUUCGUAAUAUUUGAAAUAUCAAAUUUAAUUAAAGUAAUUUAUUUAGCUUGGCAUUUAUACAAUUGGUAAAAGUUUACUUUUUUUUUUAAAUCUUGUAACUGUUAUUACUUUUUUUUUUUACAUUAUGAACUUGGAACAUUUUUCAAACACAGAAAUAUGUGAAAUGUAUUUUAUUUGUGCAUCAAUGUAUCUGUUGUUCAGUAAAAUGACAUCGGCCAGAAAAUAAAACCCUAAAUCUUGUCUUUAAUAAAACGUAUCACAAUAUGUGUGCAAGUACAUGCAAGUCACAUUACAGUGGACUUAUUACGAGCUCCAGUGUGACGUACAGUUGGAGCAGCUUAUGAAAAAUUAAAAUCACUGUGGUUUGGUUGAGUCAAGGAAAUUAAGAUUUACCUUUUACUUUGUAGUGUCGAGCCUUGUAACCAUGUAGCUAGCUCGUAGGUGUGUAGUGGUAACAAGAGAAUAGCCACUUUCGAAUGUAUCAUGCGUGUUUUGUACAUGUUCAGUAUGUUUAAGGUUCACAUAGCAUGAGGUUAUUUUGUAAAUAAGAAAAUAUUCUUAAAUGAAAAAAAAAAGUAAUACAUGUAUCAUUUAAAUGUUGUGUAUUGUAAUGUUGGCUUUAUAAACAUUGUAAAUGAGAUAAGGAAAAAUAAAUUCCAUUGAAUUUUCAGCCA